GACAACGUGACGGGGCUUGUUCUCUCAUUCCCCAGAGGCCUGUGGUGUAAGACUAAGAAUAAAGAGCAUGUAGCAAUCGGUACACACAAGCACCUGUGACUGCGACUUUACUCUUUAUGCAAAUAUGUUGGAUUUAUACAGAGAGCUUGGAAAUGACGAUAAACGCUACCCAGAGCUCUUUACAGGCUGACCUUUGGACACGUGCAUCUCGUGUGAGAAAUGCAGAAAGGAAGGCUUUUAGGUGGAGGAAGUGGCCUCUGGCUGUCUUGUGACUAUCACUCCCUCAUCAGAGAAACCACAGGACAGACACGAACUGAGAUACAGAGACACAGCACAGGAAAAGGACUCUCUGUAUAGAAUUGUACCAUGCCAAACUACAAACUGCUUUAUUUUAAUAUGAGGGGAAGAGCUGAGAUUAUUCGUUACAUAUUCGCUUAUUUGGACAUAAAGUAUGAAGAUCACAGAAUAGAACAAACUGACUGGCCUAAAAUCAAGCCAACUCUUCCAUUUGGUAAAAUCCCUGUUUUGGAGGUGGAAGGACUUACACUUCAUCAGAGCCUUGCAAUAGCAAGAUAUUUGACUAAAAACACAGAUUUGGCUGGGAAGACAGAGCUGGAGCAAUGUCAAGCUGAUGCAGUGGUGGACACCCUGGAUGAUUUCAUGUCACUCUUUCCGUGGGCAGAGACAAAUCAAGAUCUAAAAAAGCAGAUGUUCAAUGAAUUACUCACACGUCAAGCACCUCAUCUUCUGAAAGAUUUGGAUACAUACUUAGGAGACAAAGAGUGGUUUAUUGGCAAUUAUGUAACCUGGGCAGACUUCUACUGGGAUGUCUGCAGCACCACACUUUUGGUCUUAAAGCCUGAUUUGCUGGAUAUCUACCCCAGGCUGGCUUCAUUACGGAACAAAGUCCAAGAUAUUCCUGCCAUUUCUGCCUGGAUACUGAAGAGGCCACAGACAAAACUCUAGAUGAUUCAGGACCCAUCAUCAGACGAGAGCUCCACUGGGUAAAGAAUCUGCAUACUUCUCCCCACCACUAGGACUCUUACUUUGUAGUAUUCUGCUUGCUAUGUAUGAUUCUUUUGUUGUGGUUUUGUCUUUUUCUGUAAGCAUUUAGUUUCCAAUAUUUUUUUCAAAACGUUAUACUUUUUAUAAUUACAGGGAAACAGUUCACAAUAUUUGAUGUUGUGCACUGGUAUCAGCAUGCAUGGAUGCUUUAGUUAAAUGACACUAGUUUUCUGGCUAGUGUUAUUAGUCACCGCCGUAUCUUAAUCAUGAGUAACCAUGUGAAAUACAGAUUUUGCAGCUAGCUCUUCAAUCAACAAAUUGCUACACAGAUACUAAGGGUCACUAUAAUGGUUACUAGCCACUAUAUGUUAUUCAGGUAUACAUCAAAGUGUAUAAACUACUUCACUGUGGGACCAUGAAAGGAUAGCUUGGUUCUUCGAUGGGCACAGGCCUCGAAGCCUGACCUUGAUGGGACAAUGGCAAGUGAUUGGCCACGCCCCCAGAACCCAGGCUCCUGACGUGACCAAGACCUCCAUUUGGUCUACACUGUUCAGUCACGUAGGGCAAGGCUCCUACCAACCCCUACACAGGUAGAGGGCGUGACUACAGGCCUCAGCCUCGAGAUUUCCAUAUUAGUGAGAUACCUAAAGGCCAGAGGGCAUAGCUAAUUAAGUGACCCUCCUCCCCCUCUCCCUCCCUAUUUAAGUCAAGCCCGCCCUGACUUAAAAGGGGGGUGCAUCCAGACCAUCUAUCAUCCGCCAUGUCAAUAAAGCUCUUGGAACCCUGGAC